AUGAAGGUGUCAUGGAUUCUUGUUGUUCUUUCCACUACUGUGGCUAUCGAGGCUGUUAGUCCCGUGGUCGAUCUAAGCUAUUCAAAGUAUGAAGGCACCGAAUUACCAAACGGUGUAUCCCAAUGGCUUGGAAUAAGAUAUGCUGCUCCUCCACUUGGGAACCUACGUUUUGCAGCUCCGACAACACCACUUACCACGACUGCUAUUCAAAAAGCAGACAAACAUGGAUUCCUCUGUUUAGCCAACCAGCAAGGUCCAGGACUUCAAUAUGGAAGCGCCCGGCAACCCAUGGACGAAGAUUGUUUGUUUUUAGAUGUCUGGGCGCCCACGAAUGCUACUGCUACUUCCAAUCUUCCUAUCAUGGUUUUUAUUCAAGGAGGUGGUUGGAGCAGCAACUCCAAUGGAAACUUUAAUGGCAGCUUGCUCGUUGAGAAUUCAGGGAUGAACAUGAUGGUAAUUACAUUGAAUUACCGUGUGGGGUUGCUGGGACUGCUGGCUGGCCAAGAAGUGGUGGAAGGAGGGAGUUUAAAUAAUGGUCUCAAAGAUGUUAUGUAUGUUUUGCAGUGGAUACAAGAUCGAGCUGAUCUGUUUGGUGGUGAUAUUCAUCAUGUUGUGCUCUCUGGUGAUAGUGUUGGGGCAAUGAUCAUUACCUAUCUCAUGGCAGCUCACAAUGGGACAGGGCUCCCAGGUUACUUCCAUGCAGCAGCAGCUGAAAGCUCAUCUUUUAGUGGAGAUGCUCAAGUUGUUGAUCUUCAACCUCAUUACCAUGACCUGGUUAAUGCAACAGGGUGCGGAAGCACAAACGAUACACUUUCAUGCCUUCGAGGUCUCAAUGUCACCGAGCUCCAGACCAAAUCCCCUGCCCAUGGAUGGAGCCCUGUCAUCGACAACGAUAUUCUCGUUGCCCCGCUUUAUCAACUAUAUGAGCAAAGAAGAUUUCGCCAGGUACCUGUCAUCUAUGGUAGCUGCACCGAUGAGGGCACCAAGAACGUUGACAAGACGGUUACGACCGCCACACUUGACGCGGCCAUAAGGAACAUCGUAGGAAAGAUCACUGAUACGCAACUCAACGAACUAAAAACCAUGUAUCCCGAAUCCCUCAAUGAUGUUACCUUCUCCGGCAUAGCCCUGAAUGCCUCCUAUCCAGGCGCCGGCAACGAGUGGCAGCGUCUUGCAGCAAUGAUGGGGGAUACAUCUCGCUGCGUCAACUAUUUCCAAUCCGACAUGCAUGACGUUGCAGGUAACACCGCAAACUGGCAUUACCACUACGACGUCUUGGAUCCCCGCGAUGAGUCCAGAGGUGACCGGGUCUACCAUGUCGUGGAACUUAACGCCAUCUGGGGCCCCAACAACACGGAUGGCUCCCCGCCGCCAUCUUAUUACGUAGCCAAUGAAGAGGGUGGUAAUGCUGGCAUUGUACCGAUUAUGCAAAGCUAUUGGAUUAGUUUUGUUCGCACUUUUGAUCCGAAUACUCACCGGAUGCCUGGCCUGGCAGCAUGGACGCCUUGGACACUGAAGGGAAGAGAGCGAUUGCUGUUUCACAACAACGAGACUACGAUGGAGACGAUGACUACUGAGGAACAGACACGUUGUAAGCUUGGGAUACAGUAUAUGAAGGCGAGGAAUGCUUAUGCGCAGCCGUUGACCACUUUAUUGCCUUUUGCUAAUGGUACGCUGCCUGAUCCGUAUCAGUGA